AUGGUUAAUUAUCAGAAAUCCAGUAUUUGCUAUAGUAGAAAUACUACUGAGGAUGACAGGGAUGUAGUGGCACAGACGCUAGGAGUGGUUCAGGCUCCAAAUUUUGGAAAAUACUUGGGCUUACCAGCUUUUGUGGGAAGAAACAAGAAGGCGGCCUUUGCCUAUAUUGAAGAUAAAAUCAAGCAAAGAAUUGGGUCAUGGAAUAAGAAGCUCCUUUCGCAGGCUGGAAAGGAAAUAUUAUUGAAAAGUGCUUGGGAUAAAUUAUGUAUCCCCAAGAAAUAUGGAGGUCUGAGUUUUAAGGAUUUAAGGGCAUUUAAUUUGGCUAUGUUAGGUAAACAAGCAUGUCGUUUACUUACCAAUCCUGAUUCUUUGGUGUCCCGCAUUUAUAAAGCCAGGUAUUUCUGUAAUCGCCCCUUUACUGAAGCAUGUCUUGGGAAUAAUCCUAGUUAUUGUUGGAGGAGUAUCAUGGCAGCUAAGGACUUGAUUGUUGGUGGUGUGAGGCGCCGUAUUGGAAAUGGUAACUCAACUCUGAUAUGGAAGGAUCCCUGGUUACAGGAUGAGAUGGAUCCUAUGGUCCAGACGGAGAUGCCACCACAAUUAUUGGGUGCAAAAGUAGCUGGAUUGAUAGAUCAGACAACGGGUACAUGGGACCUAUAUAUUUUAUCAGAUAUUUUUGACCCACAUGAUGUGCCAAGAAUAUUAAAAAUACCCAUCUCUCCGAAAUAUGAGGAUACAUGGUACUGGUAUGAUGAUCCCAAUGGAUGCUACUCGCUCAAGAAUGGGUAUAGACACAUGGUGGGCAUUUAUGAGAAUAAUGCUGGUUUUGAUAAAUGGAACACACUAUGGAAAUUACAGAUCCCGCCAAAAUGGAGAAUGCUUUUACGGAGAGCCAUAAGUAAUAUCCUGCCUACUACCAACAAUUUACUUAUAAAGAGGGUGGAUGUUGAUCCGAUACGUGCCAUGUGUGGAUUAAAUAAUGAAGAUAUAAUGCAUUCUUUAGUCAUGUGUGAUUAUGCAAAGUCCAUAUGGAACCAUUCUGGCCUUCCAUUGCCCCAUAUUGUGACAAAUAUUUUUCAUGAAUGGUUUAGGACAAUCUUAAAUGUUCUAGACUCUAAUGAAAUGUUAUUUGCAGCUGGAAUUUUAUACAACAUUUGGAGAGCCCGAAACGUAGCGGUAUGGGAUGCUGGUCUACCGUUACCAAGAAGGGUGUUAGCGUCGGCCGUAGCCACGACGAAUGCAUGGCAGGCGGUGAAUGCAAAGUCCGCCACUGCCCAAGAACCAAGCCACGUGAUGAGUGGGCUGCAGUCUGAGACAAUUGGAGCGCCAUACCCAAGUCCAGCCGCUAUUGCACUGCCGCAAAAUCAACCUGCCGUGCCACCUCCAUCACAGCCGAAGCUGUGUUAUAUAGAUGCAGGUUACGGUACUGGAUUAAUGACAGCCACAGCCGGAGUAGUUUUAUUCGAUCAUCUUGGAAAUUAUAUAUCGGCGUAUUGUGUGCCACCACAAACUUGUUUCUCACCCCUUAUGGUCGAAGCGCUAGCGUGUAAAGAGGCUUUGUCAUGGCUCAAAGACCGUGGUGAACAGGCUGUUCAAAUAUUCACAGAUUGCCAAACCUUACGAGCUUACCUGGACUCAACUGUCCGGCCUCGAUCAUAUCUUGGCUAUGUUCUUGAUGAAUGCAGGAGAUUGAUGACUACGUUUCAUUUUUGUUCAGUUAAUUUUAUUCCUAGAUCGCAGAACAUUACGGCACAUGCUUUAGCAUCAUCUGCCUUUACUUUUUCUACAGCUAUGUACUGGGACGAGGUCCCGCCUGACUCUAUUUCGACUCAUAUAUAA